AUGACUGGACAAAACGGAAAGAGAAAAGCACCAUCAAGCACGAAUAAGUUAUGUCGUCAACGACAAAUUCCACCUGGGAGUAUUGCUAUAAAGAAUUCUCGCAUGGUGCAUGGGAAACCUGGUUCAAAGAACCCACCGCCACCACAUACUCAGAAAAAACAUCCACCACCGAUUCAGACAACUAAAACACCACUUCCUACUCAGCCUUCACCAUCGAUUCAGACAAAACCAACACCACCACCUACUCAGCCUCCACCGCCGAUUCAGACAAAACCAACACCACCACCUACUCAGCCUCUACCACCGAUUCAUACAAAUCCAACACCACCAUUUUUGCACCCUCCAUCAAAGACUAGGAAAAAUCCAACACCUCCACCUUCGCAGCCUGCAUCAACGACUCAUACAAACCCAACACCACCACUAGCUCAGACAAACCCAACACCGCCACCUAUUAAUCAACCUCAACCAUCAAUCCCGACUUCCGAGGAAUUUAGAUUCAUUCCUACCCCAGGAUAUACUCAUCAUGUUUUGCAAAGUCCUCCCCAUCACACCUCGGAAGAGGAUGUUCAAGAAGAGGGUGACCAAGCACUUUCUAACGAGGAACAACAAGAACAAGAUGAUGGGCAGCGACCGAAGAUCUAUAUUGUAGAAGAUACUAAUGCAGGUAAAAGUAAUAACCUAUAUUGUAAUUCCCAUAGGCUUACUACAAGUAACAUUGAAAUUGGCAUACUCAAAAUACCAAUAGGUUUCUCCACACAGUUUUUCCAGUUAAGUCCAGGCAACCUUGUUGCCGAAAUGUGCAGAAAAGUUAUAGUAAAGCUUUACAAGGGUACUUUUUUUAGUUAUAGUGAGCUUAAACGCGAUGAAAAACAAGCCGAGAGAAAGGAAUGGUUCAACAUGUUUAAAUCGCUUGUAAGCUGGGACCGUUGCGAUGAUACUAAAAUGGAAGGCUUGUUUCAUCAAAGGUGUGCUGCACGACUGCGUGAUAUAUUGCAAAAGGCUAAAGAUCAGGCGCGCAAGCCGCCUUGGAUGGGUGUAGAUACAUGGGAGUUUCUUCUUGCAAAGUGGGAGACAAAAGAGUUCAAGGAUGUCUCCAAACAAAAUAAGAUUAAUUGA